AUGGCUCCUCUCAAAGCCCUUUUGGCCCUAGCGGCCGCCUUCACCGGCAUCGAAGCCCGCCUCAUGUCCAGGGCAGCCGCGCUCGCCAACGGUGUCCAGAUGACAAACAUGGCCGCAGACGACCAGCAGAUCAACCUCCAAAUCGGCAUCAAGUUGCAAAAUAUCGACAAGCUGGAACCCAUGCUCAGGGACGUCUCCGAUCCGGACAGUCCUAACUACGGUAAGUACCUGACGACGGCUCAGGUCAACGACAUGUUCAAGCCAGCCGAGGCCUCAGUCAAGGCCAUCCAGACCUGGCUCGCCAACGAGAACGUCACAGACGUCUCGUACACGGACAACGGCCGCUUCGUCAACUUUGCGACAAACGUCGGCACCGCGAACAAGAUGCUCGGCGCCACCUUUGCGUACUAUGACGUCCAGGGCACCAUGAAGCUGCGGACGACCGAGUACUCCCUCCCGAACGCGAUGACGGAGCACAUUGAGCUGGUGACGCCCACGACGUACUUUGGCAACAUGAAGUCCGACCCAGCCUUCACAAACGCCCAGCUGCCACAGAUGCCCGCGCCGCUCUCUCGCAGACAGGGCACCGGGCCCAGCGCGACCGCCAACUGCUCUAAGGUCUUCACACCGGCGUGCUUCGAGCUGGCCUACAACUACGGCGCCUACCAGGCCGACCCGGCGGCAGGCAGCCGCGUCGGCUUCGCCAGUUUCCUCAACCAGUCCGCCCGCCAGGACGACCUCACGGCUUUCCUGGGCAGGUUCCAGCUGCCAGCUCAAAAGUUCACCAGCGUUCUCGUCAACGGCGGGCAAGAUCACCAGGACCCCAAGGGCGCCAUCGGUGAGGCCAACCUCGACGCCCAGGUCAUGGCCGCCGCCGUCAAGACCCUCCCGAUCACGCAGUACCUCACAGGCGGCAAGCCGCCCCUGGUCCCCAACCUUCGCACACCGACGCAGGCAGACAACCAGAACGAGCCAUUCCUCGACUUUUACCAGUUCAUGAUGACGCAGGAGAACGAGAAGAUCCCGCAGGUGCUCUCCGUCUCAUACGGCGACGACGAGCAGACCGUCCCCAUCGAGUACGCCACGCGCGUGUGCAAUCUCAUCGGUAUGAUGGGCCUGCGCGGCGUCAGCGUCCUCGAGUCCAGCGGCGACACGGGCGUCGGCGCGCCGUGCCGCGCCAACGACGGCAGCAACCAACCGCAGUUCACGCCGCAGUUCCCCGCGACGUGCCCGUACAUCACCGCCGUCGGCGGGACCCAGGCAUUCGGGCCCGAGACCACGUGGGUGGCGUCCGGCAGCGGCUUCAGCAACUACUUCAAGCAGGCGUGGUACCAGGAGACGAUGGUGGCCCAGUACCUCCAGACCGGCAUCCCCGCUGACGUGAAGGCGUACUACCAGCCCUUUGCCAACUUCACCGGCCGCGGGUUCCCUGAUAUCGCAGCCCACUCUGCCAGCCCCCCGUUCGCCAUCGUUAACGCCAACAAGCUCGUUGGAACCGGUGGCACAUCAGCUUCUGCCCCGUUGAUGGCCGGCCUCGUCGGACUCCUCAACGACGCUAGAAUCCGUGCCGGACAGCCGACUAUGGGCUUCAUGAAUCCGUGGCUGUACAAGAGAGGCUUCAAGGGCCUCACCGAUGUCACGACCGGCGUCGCCCAGGGUUGCGGAGGUACGGAUUUGCAGUCGGGCAAGCCGUUGCAGGGCUCCGGUGUGAUUCCCUUUGCGACAUGGAACGGCACUCAGGGUUGGGAUCCCGUGACGGGACUCGGCCUUCCCAACUUUGAGGAGAUGAAGAAGAUUGCUCUUACUAAAUAG